AGAACCUCUUCAUUGAAGUCAACGAGAGAUCAAAACCAAAAAUGAUGAGUUCAAGCUUCGACCUCAGUCACCUGGAAGAGUUAACGUCUAACGCAGAGCAAACACAAGACGAUUUACUGAAGGAGAUACUUACACUUAACGCCAACACAGAGUAUCUCCGACAGUUUCUUCAUGGAAGCUCUGAUAAAACACUUUUCAAGAAAAACGUACCAGUGGUGAGCUAUGAAGAUGUGAAGUCUUAUAUUGAACGUGUUGCGAAUGGAGAGCCUUCAGAUGUUAUUUCGGGUGGUCCCAUUACUAGAUUUAUCAAGAGCACCGGAACUUCAGGGGGUAAACAAAAGAUAUUUCCUAUUAACGAUGAAUACAUUGAGCAGUUGGGAUACGUUUUGAACCUACGCUCUCUCGUAAUAUCCAAGUAUUUCAAUGAGAUCGGUGUCGAGCAAGGAAAGACAAUGGAGUUUCAUUUCAUUAGACCGGAAUCCACAACACCCUCCGGCUUACCCCUUUCACUAGCAUUUGCAAGCUUUUUCAUGAGCGACUACUUCAAAAACCGUCCAUCAAAAUGUAAUUCUGAGUACACAAGCCCCGACCAAGUCAUCUUGUGUCCAGACAGCAAGCAAAGUUUGUAUUGUCAUCUUCUAUGCGGGCUUUGUCAGAGAGACGAGGUUGUGCGAGUUGGUGCUGCUUUUGCUUAUUCUUUGGUCCGAGCAAUAGAUUUUCUUGGAAACUACUGGAAGGAAUUGUGUGGUAACAUCCGAUCAGGUCAUGUAAGCGAGUGGAUCACCAAUCAUAAUUGCAGAAGCUCUGUUUCAGCCAUUCUUGGAGGACCUAAUCCAAUACUGGCAGAUGUGAUUGAACAAGAAUGCAGCCACAAGUCAUGGGAAGGUAUCAUCGCAAGGCUUUGGCCCAAAGCCAAACGUAUCGAAUGCAUUAUUACAGGACAAAUGGGACAAUACAUUCCAAUCUUGGAUUUUUAUUCCAACAAACUUCCUUUAGGUUCCACAAUAUAUGGAUCUUCAGAAAGUCUUUUUGGGAUCAAUGUGGAUCCUUUAUCCAAACCACAAGAUGUUUCUUACACAUUUGUGCCUAACCUCUCCUACUUCGAGUUUCUUCCUGUUGACCAUGAUGGAGACAUGGCCAGCAUUGUUGAUCUUGUGAACGUCAAGUUAGGGUGCUACUAUGAACCUGUGGUCACUAACUAUUUCGGUUUAAACAGAUAUCUGAUUGGAGACAUUCUACAGGUUGUUGGGUUUUACAAUAGUACACCUCAAUUUAGAUUCAUACGCAGAAAGAAUGUGGUUUUAAGCGUCGACAUAGAGGCAACAACCGAAGAGGAUAUUUUAAAGGCGUUAGCUCAUGUGAACCUUCUACUUGAGUCUUCAGAUGUUAUGUUGAUAGGCUUCACAUGCUAUGCAGAUAUCUCUACUUUUCCAGGUCACUACGUUUUCUACUGGGAACUCAAAGCUAGAGGCGUUAACGAUGUUGUUGAAGUUGAUAAAAAAGUAUUUGUGAAGUGUUGCUCUGUAUUAGAGGAAUCAUUUAAUGUUCUCUACAGAAGAUUUAGGGGUCAAAGGGGUCAAGAUGGAUCAAUUGGAGCUCUAGAGAUAAGAGUGGUGCAACAAGGAACAUUCGAUUCUCUCAUGGAAUAUUUCAUCUCCCAAGGUGGUUCGACAACUCAAUACAAGACACCCAUAUGUAUCAACUCUUCUGAAGCCUUAGCGGUUCUUGAAAAUAGGGUUCUUGAUCGAUUCUACAGCGAAAGAUCGCCUUCUCUUGAAACAUAG